AUGGCCUUUUCUCUGAAAGAAGACCUGAGGCUCCAUGACCACUGGCAUACAGGCUCUCAAACCCUGCCUACAUGCAGCAAUGGUGAUAUCUUCCGCCGAAUUAACAAUAUGUUGGGCAACUCUCUGGACCUCACUGGGGUGUGCACUACACCCACAAACCACAAGGGGGAGCGUGUCCAUCACCUGUCAGACUUACUAGAUGGUGAUUUUGCUCCGAUGGGUAGCCCUAUAGGCAGCAAGGUUCCUUGCCCCUCCAGAGCCCAGGGCUCUACGCUCCGUGGUGGUGGCCUGUCUGACCUCACUCAGCUGGGCCUGGGGCUGCAGUCGCUCAGCCUAGCCUGCUGGGAGCAGCCCUCCGCUGCCAUGGAGCCUCCGUCGCACACCAACUCGCCCUCCAUGCUAGGCAUGCUGGGUAGCCCAUUGGGCCAGCCUCUGGAACCUCUGGGCACCACAGAUCUGCUGGCGAUGUUCCCUGGGCUGAGUCAUGGUGGGAAUCCCCGCGUGGAGGGGCGCGCCUUCCUGGACUCGCGCUGCAACAGCCCGGCCGACUCUGAAACCAGUGGUUUUAGCUCCGGAUCGGACCACCUCUCUGAGCUGCUGUCUUCUCUGCGGAUCUCUCCGCCCCUGCCCUUCAUGAUGCCGGGGGUACAACAGAGGGACCCCCACAUUCUAGGCACAGCCGUUGGCUGUUCUCGCCUGGCCCUCCACGACGACAACUCCGCUCUCAGCCCUGAGCCCCCCACCCUACCGGGCCAGGGCCGCUGUGGGGUGCCCCUGGCCAAGCGCUUUCCCCAGGCCUCAGUGUGGCCCAGCUGGGACUUGCUGGAGGAUCCCCAAAAGCCCUUCAACAUCGAGAGGGAGGCUCGCCUGCACAGACAGGCUGCAGCUGUGAACGAUGCCACCUUCACAUGGAGUGGCCAGCUGCCUCCCAGGAACUACAAGAACCAAGUGUACUCAUGUAAAGUGUUCCUGGGCGGUGUGCCAUGGGAUGUGACUGAAGCCAGCCUGGUCGGCACGUUCAGCAUGUACGGACCUCUGAGUGUGGAGUGGCCGGGUAAGGAUGGGAGGCACCCACGCUGCCCACCCAAAGGUAUGGUCUCUGCAGGCUAUGUGUAUCUGGUGUUUGAGAGUGAGCGGUCUGUCCAUGGGCUGCUGCAGGCUUGCACCCAGGACCUGCUCCACAAGGAUGACUAUAGGGAGUAUUACUACAAGAUGUCUAGCCGAAGGAUGCGCUGCAAGGACGUGCAGGUAAUCCCUUGGGUGCUGGUUGACAGUAACUUUGUGCGCUGCCCGUCCCAGCGGCUGGUCCCCAGUAAGACUGUGUUUGUAGGAGCGCUGCAUGGCAUGCUCAACGCAGAGGCCCUGGCCUUCAUCAUGAACAACCUCUUCGGAGGGGUCAUGUACUCUGGCAUCGACACGGACAAACACAAGUACCCUAUAGGGUCGGGACGUGUGACCUUCAACAACCAGAGGAGCUACCUGAAGGCUGUGAGCGCCGCCUUUGUGGAGAUCAAGACUCCAAAGUUCACCAAAAAGGUUCAGAUCGACCCCUACUUGGAGGACUCCACGUGCCAAGUGUGUAACCGACAACCAGGGCCCUUCUUCUGCAGAGACCUGGCCUGCUACAAGUACUUCUGCCGCUCUUGCUGGCACUGGCAGCACUCCAUGGACGUGCUCCGCAGCCACAGGCCUCUCAUGAGGAACCAGAAGCGCUUGGACUGUAGCUAA